AUGGCGACAGACGCUCCCCCCGCCGCAGUCCCCGCCGCCGAUGCCGCCGCCGACGCCGGCGCUUCGGCUGCGGCGACGGAGAAGCUAAGCGAGGCCCUCGUGCCGAUCCACAAGGAGCUUCUCGACCUGCGCGACACGCUCAAGGCGAUGCAGGAGGCGAAGACGCCGCCGACGGAGGAGGCGCUGCAGCCGCUGCAGGAGCGGCUCGACGCGGUGGAUAACAAACGCGUGGACGGCAUCUUCGGCGGGUCGCUCAAGACCGUCAUUCCCGAGGGCCAGGCGAUCCUGCACGAGCUCAUGGACGAGGCUUACGACCUGGUGAGCGAGCUGGUGGUGAAGGCCUCCGAGAUGCCCCCCGAGAUGAAGCAGAUCUACGACACGCUGUGCGGGCUGAAGCGCAAGCUGCAGAAGAUGAAGGCGGACCGGUCGUACUCGCUGGAGGACAUCCACCACUACCAGCUCAUGGUCGACGCUAUUGACUCGCGCCGCGUCGACGGGAUCUUCGCGGGAAACCUGCAGUCGAUCCCGCCCGGCCAGGCGCAGUGCAGCACGGUGCUGUUCCAGGUGUACGAGCUGCUGCGCAUCCUGCUGGGUUCCGCGCACGACAUGAACGCAGAGAUGCGGGGCAUCUACACACACCUUAUCGGCAUCAAGCGCAAGCUCAUUGAGCUAAAGAGCAAGCACAUCAAGCACAGCACGGAGGACCUGCACAUCUACCAGCUGCAGCUGGACGCCAUUGAUAGGGACCGCGUGGAGGGGAUUUUCGGUGGCUCGCCCAAGACGGGCAUUCCGGCCGGGCAGGCGGUUUGCUCCACACUGCUCGCGCAGUGCUUCAAGCUCGUGCAGGACUUGCAGGAAACGGCGACGGAUGUAGAAAGCUCGUCGGAGCGAGCAAGCACCGGAGAGCUUUUCCCGUUGCGUGAAUAUAGCCAACAUGAAUGGCGAGAUGUAACGGAUUUGGCUUCCCCGCCUCCUCCUCCGCCUCCUCCGCUAGUCGCGCUCGAGCGGCGGCUGGACGAGGCGGAGGAGUGGCUAGGAGCAGCUGUGGCUGCGCUCGGCGCGCAGAGCUGCUCCUUCGUGCGAGCCGCCGCCGCGGGUUUCCCGCGCGGCCAGCGGUGGGAGAAUGCAGCGGCGCGGAGCCGCGGGCAAGCGAGAUUGAGUUUGGAAGGCGGAAGGAGUCCGGUUGGGUUAAGAGGGAUAAAGGUUCGGCUGGCGGUGAGCGGAAGGCAGGCGGAAGGGAAGGACGCGGACGAGCGGAUGCUGCAGGGUGAGGGGGCCGAGGGCGAACGGCAGGAGCGGAAGGGGGGACGGGAGGGGGAAGGGAAGGCGGUGCGGGUGAGGGGGGGCGUUCCGGAGCAGCUGCUGUGUGGUGGGUUUGCGGGAAUCGUGUCGCGGACCGCCGUCGCGCCUUUAGACCUCAUCCGGACGCAUCUCAUCAGCAGCAACGGCUUGCCUGGCGCGCACAAGACCGCGGCGAGCGUGUUCUCGGCGAUCAUGGCGAAAGACGGCUGGAAAGGCUUCUUCCGAGGCAACGGAGUGAACUGCCUCCGCGUGGGGCCGCACAAGGCAGUCGAGCUCUGCACGUUCGAGAUGCUCAGGCGCCUGCUGAACCGCCCGGGCCACCCCUUGCAGCACGUGGCGGCGCCCGUGUCGGGCGCAGCAGCGGGGCUGGCGGGCACGCUGCUGACGUACCCUCUGGAGCUCAUCCGCACGCGCAUCAGCGUUCAGCCCGAGCUGUACCGCGACCUGGGGUCUACCGUUCGAAAGAUCGUGCAGGAAGAGGGCGCCCUGUCUCUGUACCGUGGCAUAGUGCCAUCGUUGCUAGGCGUGGUGCCGUACGCAGCCACCAACUACUUUGUGUACGAUGCGCUGCGCACCGCGUACAGGAAGGCCACCGGCAGGGAGCAGGUGCCCAACGAGGCCACGCUGCUGUUCGGUGCUGCUGCCGCUUCUGCAUCCAGUGCAGUCACAUUUCCCCUCGAGGUGGUCCGCAGGAGGCUACAGCUAGGUGUGACAGCCACAGGCGCUGGUGCUGCAGGGAGACAGACAGCCGCAACCAUUCUCAAGGGUAUCAUAGAGACAGAGGGCGUACUGGCUGUGUACAGAGGGCUGGGAACCACGUGGCUGAAGCUGCUCCCUGCUGCUGGCAUCUCGUUUGUGUGCUAUGAGGCGGCACGCGUGGCGCUGAGGGUGGACGAUGCGAGCAUGGCUAGAGGGCAGGAGAGGAAGGGUGGCAGCAGUGGUAGUGGCAGCAGCAGCAGUGGCAGCAGCAGCAGUGGCAGCGGCAGUAGCAGCAGGGAGGUUGGUGAGCAGGAGAAGGACGAGGAGUAG